AUGACAGCGACAGCGGUCGUGGACCCUAGAGCUGCGGUCCCACGCACCAGCAUGGACGGCCAGGAUGUCGACUUCAAGGAUGAGGCCAAGAUUGAAGCCAGCUACCUCGAGCAUGGCGUCGCUGCCGAUGAAGCCGAGUUCAAGCGCAAGGAGAAAGUUCUCGUCCGAAAGCUGGAUCUCUUCGUUGCACCAGUGUUGAUGAUGCUCAUGCUCAUCUCAUAUUUGGACCGUGGCAACAUCGGCUUCGCUGCGACCCAGGGCAUGGCUAAGGAUAUCGGACUCAAAGGCAAUCAACUCAAUACUGCCGUUUCGAUCUUCUACAUCUUCUAUAUCCUGGCUGAAUUCCCAACGUCUGUCCUUGUCAAGCGUCUGCAGUUCAACCGUGUGAUCCCUGCCAUUACAUUCUGCUGGGGCCUGACAUGCAUGUGCAAUGGCUUUGUCCAGAACUUUGCUGGUCUGUGUGUAUGCCGCCUCAUCCUUGGAUUUUUCGAAGGAUGCCUCUUUCCGUGCUUGACUUUGUUCUUCGCCAAUUGGUACAAGCGUGAAGAGCUUGCUCAGCGUGUGUCCUACCUCUUCAUCGCUUCUGCGCUCAGCGGAGCUUUCGGCGGCCUCAUUGCUUUCGCCAUUCUCUACAUGGACGGAGUCGCUGGCUAUCCUGGCUGGCGCUGGCUGUACAUCCUCGAAGGACUCAUCACGCUGGUCUGGGCCGGAUGCUGCAUCUACUUGGUCCCCAAGGACUAUCAGACCGCCUACUUCCUAAACGCAGAGGACAAGAAGAUCAUGGCCUGGCGCGCUGAGCAGUCUCGCGCCUACUCCGGCGGUACUGGUCACUACGGCAAGAAACACUUCAAGGCUGGCGCUGGCGACAUCAAGACCUGGCUGCACGCUGUUACACAGAUCAUGGUGGUGACGAUCCUAUAUGGUUUUGGAACCUUCCUGCCGGUCAUCCUGCGCAACGGUUUCAACUUCACGCUCAAGCAGUCCCAAUACCUUGUCAUUCCUGUCAAUCUCUGGGGCGCAAUCGUGUACGCUAUUGGCGCGUAUAUCUCGGAUAAAAAGAAUGCGCGCUUCUGGGUGUUGGUCACUAUGGCUCCUGUCGGGAUGGCCGGCUACGCGAUUCUCUUGGCUUGGGAUGUCCCCGUCGGUGUCCAGUACUUCGCGACGUACUUGAUUGCAACAGCCUGCUUCAUCUGCACAGGCGGCAACAUCGCCUGGCUAUCGGGUAAUUGUGCCCCAGAUGGCAAGCGUGCUGUGUCUUUGGGUAUCCAGCUCACGUUGACGAACUUGGGUGGCAUUGUGUCGGGACAGAUCUACCAGACAAAGUCAGCCCCCGAAUUCAAGAUGGGCCACGGCUGGUCGCUUGCGUGUCUGGGCUAUGCAUUCUGCAGCUGGUGGAUCAUUCGAUGGAUUUACCUGCGCAGAGAAGCAGGCAAGGACAGACGACUGGCUGAGGGCUGGACUCCAGAGGAGGAUGAGCGUGCUGAGCGUGAGGGUGGAAUUGGAUUUACUGACAGGAGCCCCAACUUCCGAUAUCAGCUGUAG